AUGGCGAUAGAUGUGGCUGCCCCGACACUGAACAGCACAGCAACAAAAGCCGACUUUGAUAAAGACGCAACCCCUCGGCCGAUUCUGAAUCGAAUCCUCCGCCACGAUCUGGUGACAUCUGAUUUCGAUGAAUUGAAAUUCCACGCUGCAGCAUCUCGUCAAUUACAAUUAGGCGACGAGAAUACCCAGCACGAGUCUUCAGACAUUGAUUCUCGCCUGAUUGCCUCACCAUACAAUGGGUCGGCUCAUCUCCUGGACUUAAACAGUCUGGACACGCAAAGCCGGCUGCUAUCACUGGCAUUGACAUAUUUCACGCCAACCCGGGACGACUAUGCCACGGCCGAGUAUCUUGAUUCAUUCAAUUGGACCGAAGUCUUUGCUCUCUUGAAAAUGUUUUCAGAGGCUGAAAGUCACACAUGGACGAAACAGACUUUCUAUGUUGUUUCGUUUAGGUCAGUACUCAAGCCGGGUGUUGAUAAUGAUCAUCUCCAUGAUUUGGAUGCAUAUUCGCAUCAGGAAGCAACCACUAGUGGUGGAUUGUUGAAGUAUUGGUUCGGCACGAAGAAUGUCAAGAGACAGAAUCUGGCGACUUGCAUCUGGCGGAAUCGGAAUGAUGCAAGGUUAGGAGGUCGGGGGCCGUGGCAUGCAAAAGCUAGGGUGGCGGGAAGGGAGUUGUAUGAAGAUAUCGAAUUCUCAACUCUGAAGUUGGUAAUUGAGGAUGACGUCUCGUCUUGGAGCAUGAGUGGCUGGACGAGCGAGGAUGAGUCCGGGAUUUGA